CGGACUGAUAAACCAUCUUUGUAGAGAGCUGUGUUGGACCGUAUGCUAUAGUUUAGGUUUUUAUGCAACUUUAUUUACAGAAUAGUAUAAUUCAAUUCUCUAGACUGUUGAGAACUACUACCGAUUUCAUUUUGACUUGCAUAUUAAUUGGAACAGUCUUUAGAUGAUGAUUCCACCUGGGGACUGUUUAUAUGCGGGAAGGAAGAGAAGGAAGCCCAUCCAAAAACAAAAACAGACAGCGGCCACCCAGAAGACCAAUCCGUCUAAGAGGCACCGUGACCGUUUGAAUACAGAGCUGGACCGGCUGGCCAGUCUCCUACCCUUCACCCUGGACAUCAUCUCCAAACUGGACAAGCUCUCCGUGCUGCGCCUCAGUGUCAGCUACCUCCGGGUCAAGAGCUUCUUCCAAGCCACCCAGGAGAAGCCAUGCAGAAAGCACAUCAUGAAGCCGCCUUUGAACCACCAGGAUACCAGGAAAGAGAGCCUGCCCAUUGGAACCCCGGGGACCAACAUCAGCGUGGUAGAGAGUGACCUCUUACUGGAGUCCUUGACUGGUUUUGCCUUGGUGGUGGGCACAGAUGGCUUGAUAUUCUACGUCUCCACCUCCAUUGUUGACUACCUGGGCUUUCAUCAGACGGAUGUGAUGCACCAGAAUGUAUUUGAUUAUAUACAUGUGGAGGAGCGGCAGGAGUUCAGAAGACAGCUCCACUGGGCCAUGAACCCCGGGUCCCAGGGGGCAUCCCUGGACCAGCACUCGGCCACAGUAACUGAUGAUGACUUUGUGAUGAGCAGUCUCUUUAACGCCCUGGAGCCUGACGGUGUUCCUCUAGAGCUCACCUCUUUCCUGACUCGCUGUUUCAUCGCCCGGGUCCGCUGCUUAUUGGACAGCACCUCAGGCUUUCUGAGCAUGCAGUUCCAGGGCAGCUUGAAGUUCCUGCAGGGCCAGAAGAAGAAGACAGAGUCCGGGGCACUGCUGCCCCCCCAGCUGGCCCUGUUCUGUGUGGCCGUUCCCCUCAUGAUACCCUCCAUCACAGAGCUGAAGAUGAAGAACAUGACGGCCAGGAGCAAGAACAAGGGCCCCGUCAUCACCACACUGGAUAAGCACAGGUAAGCACUG